GUAUCAUGUUGGAAAUGUUAUGCAAUCUCUUUCCAAAAUAUUUCAAGUAACUUUCCAAAUUUUAAAUUCCUUUGUCUCAUUGUAGAGAGUUAAUUUGAAGUAUAAAAUAUAUUUAUAGUUUACUGUUUAGAUUCAAAUGUUGUUUAAGUAAUGAGGUCAUAAAUCAGAGGUCAUUUUUUGACCUCCGAUGACUUGUGUAAAUUGUUUUAUAUUAAUAUCUCAAAAUAAUAAUGGCACUAAUAAAAAAAAUGUUACUGCACAAAGGUAAACAUUUGACACCAAUCAUGGGAGGAGGGUGGCUGAUUGACCCUUUGACCUUCAAACUCUCAUUUGUUGGUUUAUUUAUGUGUCUAUUUCUUCACAUUUAUUAUUAACAUUGUUAUGAUCGUGGCACAAACAAGAAGCUUUAUUAGAUUUAAGAAGAUUGAGGCGGAGGGCAGCAAACUUCACCAAAUCGAGGUAGGAAUAAAAUCAAGUUUUUCUCUUAGAUAUUAUUAAAGGUUUCCCGUCCUGGGGGGCAGCAUGGAGCAGUCAGCCUCCAUGCUGCCCCUUUAAGUUUCCACUUCAACAGUUUUACUUUCACUUUUACCCUCCUAGUGACGCAGCUGCUUUUCUCCCUGCGAGCCUCCAGCUGAAGGGUUUCCAGAUUUUGCUGUAGCUCCUGUUCAGCCUCCAGAGGACCGGAGAGGAGCCGCUGCUCUGGCCGCCGCCUGACACUCUGACACCGGCCAGAGAUCCGGCGGACAGCCGCUGCAGAGCAUCACGACGCUCCUGCUGUUUUUAUUUACCCUACAAGUUAUUUAAGACAUCUGAAGAUGAAGGUAGACGGUGUGUGAGCUGAGCAGGAUGGAUCAGGAAUGCGAGGACGCAGUCCGUCCCGCUAAGACGUCUGUCAGCGGGGGACAUGAGGACCAGAGGAAGCAACCAGAACCAGAACCACAGACUGGAUCUGGACAUAGUUCUUGGUCCCUACGCAGUGACACGUCAAAGGGUCGGCUCAUUGAUUUUAAACAAAGCAAGAGGAAGCAACCAGAACCAGAACCAGAAUCUGGAUCCAGCUCAGCCUCCCUGCGCAGUGACUCAUCGAAGGGGCGGCUCAUUGAUUUUAAGAGUGAGGACCAGCAUGGCUCAGAGGUUCCCACUGGUCCGUCUGCACAGCAGCUUCAAACACAGCUGGACUCCGUAUUUAAGGCGGUGGAAGAAAACAUGUUCACUUUUAUGAAGGAAGAGUUGAACAAGUUUAAAACAUGUCUGAGUCCAUUUGGUUCAGAGUAUUUGGAGAGUGAGAAGGAGGGUGAGGAUGAGGAGCAGAGGAGGAAGAACAGAGAGCACUUACUGAACAUCACUGUGAGCUUCCUGAGGAAGAUGAAGCAGGAGGAGCUGGCUACUCGCCUGCACAACAGUUCUCCUGUCACCUGCCAAAGUAAUCUUAAGGCAAACAUGAAGAACAGAUUUCAGCAGAUCUUUGAAGGGGUUCCUAAACCUGGAAACUCAAUACUUUUGAGUCAGAUUUACACUGAGCUCUACAUCACAGAGGGAGGGACUGGAGAGGUCAACCAGGAGCACGAGGUCAGACAGAUUGAAACAGCGUCCAGGAAGCCAUGUGGACCAGAAACGGAAAUAAAACCAGAAGAGCUCUUUAAGGCCCCACCGAGUAAAGAUCAACCAAUCAGGACAGUGAUGACCAUGGGCGUGGCUGGCAUUGGGAAAACAGUCCUAACACAGAAGUUCACUCUGGACUGGGCUGAAGGCAAAACCAACCAGAACAUCCAGUUCAUAUUUCCAUUCACCUUCAGAGAACUGAAUUUACUGAAAGAGAAAAAGUUCAGUUUGGUGGAACUGAUUCAUCACUUCUUCACUGAAACCAAAGGAAUCAGCAGCUUUGAAUCGUUCCAGGUUCUGUUCAUCUUUGAUGGUCUGGAUGAAAGUCGACUUUGUCUGGAUUUCAACAACAAUCUGAUCCUGACUGAUGUUACAGAGUCCAGCUCAGUGGAUGUUCUGCUGACAAACCUCAUCAGGAAGGAACUGCUUCCCUCUGCUCUCCUCUGGAUAACCACACGACCUGCAGCAGCCAAUCAGAUCCCUGCUCAGUGUGUUGACAUGGUAACAGAGGUCAGAGGGUUCAAAGACCUCCAGAAGGAGGAAUACUUCAGGAAGAGAUUCAGAGAUGAAGAGAAGGAAAACAAGAUAAUCUCCCAUAUCAAGACAUCAAGAAGCCUCCAUAUCAUGUGUCACAUCCCCGUCUUCUGCUGGAUCACUGCUACAGUCCUGGAGGACAUGUUGAAGACCACAGAGGGAGGAGAUCUGCCAAAGACUCUGACUGAGAUGUACAUCCACUUCCUGGUGGUUCAGGCCAAAGUGAAGAAGAUCAAAUAUGAUGGAGGAUCUGAAACUGAUCCUCACUGGAGUCCAGAGAGCAGGAAGAUGAUUGAGUCUCUGGGAAAACUGGCUUUUGAUCAGCUGCAGAAAGGAAACCUGAUCUUCUAUGAACCAGACCUGAGAGAGUGUGGCAUCGAUAUCAGAGCAGCCUCAGUGUAUUCAGGAGUUUUCACACAGAUCUUUAGAGAGGAGAGAGGUCUGUACCAGGACAAGGUGUUCUGCUUCAUCCAUCUGAGUGUUCAGGAGUUUCUGGCUGCUCUUCAUGUUCAUCAGACCUUCAUCAACUCUGGACUCAAUCUGCUUGAAAAAAAUCAGACAUCUCCCCAAAAAUCAAAAAGAAGAAAACAUGGAAAACAUGAGUUCAUGCAGAGUGCAGUAGACAUGGCCUUAAAAAGUCCCAAUGGACACCUGGACUUGUUCCUCCGCUUCUUUCUGGGUCUUUCUCUCCAGACUAAUCAGACUCUCUUGAAGGACCUGUUGACCCGAGAAGAGCCCAGCACAGAAACCACUGAUGAAACGGUCCAAUACAUAAAGAGGAAGAUGAAUGAAAAGUUGGCUGCUGACAAAAUCAUCAAUCUUUUUGACUGCCUCAGUGAAAUGAAUGAUGUUGCCCUUGUUAAAGGAGUCCAAGAGUCUCUGAGCUCAGGAAGUCUGUCCACAGAUAAACUGUCUUCUGCCCAGUGGUCGGCUCUGGUCUUCAUCUUGCUGUCGUCAGAAGAAGAUCUGAAUCUGUUUGACUUGAAGAAAUUCAUCAACUCAGAUGAGGACUUUGCAAGGUUGCUUCCAGUUCUGGAAGUGUCCAACAAUGCCCUAUUAAGUGUCUGUAACCUUUCGCCAAGCACAUGUGCGAGCCUUUCCACAGUGCUAAGUUCUGAGUCUUCUCACUUGAGAGAGUUGGACUUGAGUAACAAUGACCUGAGGGAUGAGGGAGUUACGCGUCUAUGUGAAGGACUUGGAAGUGUACGAUGCACUCUGUCGACUCUAAGGCUGUCAGGAUGCCUGAUCACAGAGGAAGGCUGUGCUUCUCUGGCCUCAGCGCUGCGCUGCAACCCGUCCCAUCUGAAGGAGUUGGACUUGAGCUACAACCAUCCCGGAGAGGAAGGGAUGCAUCAGCUGACUGCACAGGAUUCUUCCUGGAAACCAGAAAAACUGAGGAUGGAGCCUGCUGGUGCAAAAUGGUUGAAGCCAGGUCUGAAGAAGUAUUCCUGCCAACUCACCAUCGACACAAACACAAUAAACAGAAAACUGCAGCUGUCUGAGAACAACAGGAAGGUUACUGGUGUGGAUGAGGCCCAGUCCUACCCUGACCAUGAACAGAGAUUUGAUUACUGGCCUCAGGUUCUGUGCAAGGAGAGCCUUCCUGUUCGCUCUUACUGGGAGGUCAUUUGGAGUGGGAAGGUUGAGAUCUCUGUGAGCUACAGCGGAGUCCAACGGAAAGGAAGCAGUAAUGACUGUGAGUUUGGAUUCAACAACAUGUCCUGGAGUCUGAGCUGCUCUGAUGAGGGUCGUUAUUCUGUCUGCCAUGAGAACAAAAGGGAGUUCAUCUCCUCCUGCUCAUCUUCUGCUCCCCACCACAAAGUAGGCGUGUAUGUGGACUAUCCAGGUGGCACUCUGUCCUUCUACAGAGUUUCCUCUGAAAUACCGAUCCACCUCCAUACCCUCAAGACAAAAUUCACUCAACCUCUUUAUCCUGGUUUUGGGUUUUGGACGGGAUCUUCAGCCACUCUUUGUUAGUAGAUUUUUGUUCUCAUGGUGACGGAAAACCUCCAGAUCAGUAGUAAACAUGAUUUGGUUGAGUUAAGAAUGUAAAAAUAAAUAUUUAGUGUCAUUCUAGAUGGAACAGAAAAUGAUGGUGAGCAAACUGAAGUUGUUUUCAAUCAUCUUUGAUGGAAAAUGAUCACUUUCAUUGAAAUAUUUGUCAUGAAAUAGGUGGGUUGUGUUUGGAGCUUCGUGGUGCAUUCACACCAGGCUGUUUAGUCCGCUUUAAUCAAACUCUAGUUCUUUGGAUUUUGGUUGCAGAGAUGUGAAUGCGUAAUCAAACUCUGAAGCAGAUCAGAAAAGUGAAAGUGAACUGUGGUGCUUUUGAAUUCAUAUGUGAACAAGGAGAGGAACAGAUGAUGCAGUUUGGAUCCUUUGACACAGUUUAGUGUGAAAGUGAAUCAGAAUCAGCUGAAAAUGUAACAAAUUUGCUACAGUGAAAUGAGCUCAGUUUCUUUUAUUUAAAUUUGGUGAGGAGAAACUAAACAAACAUUAAAAAUGUAAUCGUCAGAUACUCAUAGUGCAAUAUGUUAAUUUUGAUUUCAUGCUAAAGUUGUGUUUUUCUAUUUUAGUGAUAAUCUGUUGUUCUGCUUCAAUGAAACUGUUCCAUGUGUUAUAAUAACUGAAAUAGUGAGUAUUUAUCAGCUCUAACAGUAUUAUCACUUCAUGCUCUCAGCAAUCUAACAGGAAACAAUAAUCAUAUAAUAUAAACUGGUAUCAUACAUGUAAUCAGGCCCAAACAUGCAGAACCUGGAAAUAGACAGAAACAAAGACGAGCCUGAGAAAGUGAUGGUAAAGUUGGAACUACAGCUGGAGCAGAAUAAACAUAUUUUAAUAUUAUCCAGCAAAAAAAUGAUUUUUAAAAGAAAACUACUUGGAAGUAAAGUGCACUUAUUUUAACAAAUAUAUUUUGUAAUAUUUACAGUAAUUGUAACUUUUAAAACUUUUUAAAAAGUUUUAUUUCACAGAUGAAAUAAAGAAUUUCUCACAAACCGACCAGAAUCAUCAGAUUCUUGAGAUUUUCUCAUCUUUGGGAAGAUUUUAUUACUAACUUCAGUUUCAUACAUUUUUAUGAAACGGUAAAGAAUGUAUAAAAUUCAUCACAGGAAAUACUGUACAGCUUAAGAAACAGGAGCUUUUUAUUUUCUUGAAAAUGUAUUAUUCUUCAAGUCUGUCUCCAUGAGGAAAAUCAUUUUAGAGGCUGGAGUGGUGAUCACUAUGGAAAGGUCAGUCUGCACCGCUCUGAUGGCCGUUACACCGUCUGAAACAGAGGAAGAGCCAUUUGCUCCUCUUCCUCCUCUGUCUCAGAGCAGCGGUGUAGGUGGACGGUCCUGCUGGCAUCCUGUCCUCCUGUCUCCUCUGACUCUGGAGGACAGAGUUCAUUCACUGAACCUCUCUGACCCGGAUCUGCCGUCUGGUUCCUCAGUGUGUCUGUGUUCAAUUGGGCAGAAAGACAAAAACUAAAACGCCACUCAGAGAAAGAGUGUCAUCGAUGAGUCGUCUAAUUAAUGUUUCUUUUUGAAAGUCUAGAAAUUAUUGCUGUUUGUAAGAAAAACAACAAUUCUUAGUAUCUUUUAAAGGUGGACUCUUACCACUAGUAACAUUAUUCUUAUGUUGUUUUAAAUAUUUCCUGUAAAUAAGGUGGAUCAAUGAGUUAUGCAUGUUAUAAAUCUUUUUCUUAAUUUCAAAUCAAAAUGUUGGAGAAAGUUUUAAUAAAAAGUAGUAAAGCACAAACCUUGUGUUUGACCUUUAACAUAA